UUGAAACGCUGGGCCAAAACAAAUUUGAUUCGAUCGAAUGUUCGAAACGACUGAAAAAAUUGCUUCUAAACUUCCACUUGAACCAUUAAUUUAGCCUUCGAUUCCCCCUGAAACAUAGCCAUGGAUGUAGACUGUGAUGUGGACCAAGAUCUCAUGAUGAAGUUCAGUAAUCUGGGAACGACGGACCGUGAAGUGUUGAUAAAUGAGCUCCAAAGGCUACUGGACUUUCAGUUAAAUCAAGCUGGAUGUGCGUUCUUCCUCGAUAUGUCCAACUGGAAUCUUCAGGCUGCCGUCUGUGCAUACUAUGACUUCAACAGUCCCAAUGACAAGUUACCCAGCAUGUCGUUUGUCAAGGAUGUCACUAUUGGUGAAGGAGAGUCAGUACCUCCUUGCUCAACAUUUGUAAAGACAUGGAGGCUACAAAACAGUGGACCAGGAAGGUGGCCGUCUGGUGUCUUUCUGAAAUUCACAAGUGGAGACCAACUUGGUCCGAUCAAAUCAGUAGAAGUUCAGUCCCUUGCACCAGGUGAAGCAGCAGAUGUGAGUGUGAAUAUGAUCUCUCCAAACACACCUGGGAUGUAUCAGGGACAAUGGAGAAUGUGUACACCAACUGGCAGUUACUUUGGAGAUGUUAUUUGGGUGAUAAUAUGUGUGGAUGAAGGAGGACUUCUUGCAGUAACACAGCAGCUCUCCCACCUGGGACAAGAAUUCUCUCCUGUCAACCCUCCCUCAGGUUCUCCUGUCAACCCUUUUGGACUACUGCCAACAACACCCAAUGGAAACUCACCCCAACCCACCUACACUGUACCACAUAAUAGCCCAUCUAGUUUAUUAGGCUCUCCUAUCAGAAGAUCUCUCUUUAAUAAUAGCAAUGAGGUUGUUGACCACCCCUGCACACGUUCACCAUUUUGUGGUAAGGAUGAGGAAAUCUUAGCAACACAAUUAGAUCAACCUUCAUUACGGCAACCACACAACCAAUGGGACUGCUCUCAAUUAUGACAGUAAUUUAAGUUGGAAUAUUAAUCUUAAUAACCAUAAUAGUAAAUAUAUAAUAUCUUUAGGUAUUUAUUAUUAUUGCAGCAGGUUUCACACUGCGUUUCUGUGACUGACAACUUCAGGUGUCGUGGUGUUUUGUGACCAACAAUGCUUGCAGGCACACUGCAGCUGUGUCGGUCAUGUGAUAACGAAAGUGGGUAUACUGUACUGUAAUACAUUGGUACAACCUUUUUGUGGGCUUUCCUGUCUUUUUACUUUGUCUUGCACUUGGGAUCCCUGUGUUAAAAAAUAAAGGAGCGAGGUUGAGCACCAAAGUAACAAUCAACAACAUCACAAAGCAGAGGCACAUUGUGUGUGUCAGUUUUCUUUCUUUUGUGCUUGGGAGUCCUGUGGUAAAAAAUAAACCCCUCACAGGUAGCCCACAAAAGGAACUGACAGUCAAGAAGACUGCAAAGUAUUGCUGCUGUAAAUCUAUGAUGAGGGAAACGAGAUUAAAAACACAAUCCUGCAUCAUCUGGAGUUGUGUGAGUUAAACGCAAUAUGGAGCAUGCUGAUAGGUGAUUGUAUGUAGUAAAAUAUUGAUAGAUGCCUGGCUUCCAUAAGCUCUUCACCAUCUGCUAUCCAUUCAUUUCAGUAACUGUUAUGAUUUGAAUUAGCCUUCAUAGGGUAAAUGAAAAACCAGUUCAUAGUUUGAUAAUCGUUUUUGUGUGCAUGCGAUUUUAUCUCGAAUUUCUCACUUUCUUUUGUUCAACGAAGAACAAAAGACAGUUUAAACAAAAGAAGUGAAAAACUCAGGAUAAAAUUGCAUGCACACUGAAAACAAUUCUUAAACUAUGGACUGGCUUAUUGUAAAUGUUUAUAAACCAACCAGAAAGGAAAACCAGAUUCUACAGUAUACACAGUAAUCCUUCUUUUUGUUCAAUGAAUACUGUUAUUUUUGAUGAUCACUAACUCGUUUAUACAGGUUUAGCCUAGCUUUGUUUAUUAGUCACUACUCAUAGAUUCCAUCAAAUGUCUGGGGGGUUUCAAAAUAUUGGUAGUCUUCACAUUUUACAUUAAUAUUAAUAUUGGUUUACAUCAUAUAUAGCUGUCUUUAAAUUGCCAAUAAGUUGCUCUUAUGAGCAAGCUAAACCAGUAUCCAUGAAUCUGUAUUCAAAGAUUAUAACCUCAUGGUAUGGAUGGAUCUAAAAAUGAUCAAGCCUUACUGAGGUUAAGGAAAAAACUGGGUCAAGUCCAAAAAAAA